AAUCAAAGCUAGGGAUACGUGAUGUGCUUGGGAACUUUUCCUAGGUUCUCACUGUAGCCACAGCCACAGGUUGUCUGGCGGCCAGGCCCCUGGGAAAGGCUGCGGCCGCGGUGCGCCGACAGCUGGGCGACCCCGGCCCCGGACACCCGUUGCCGGCGCGGCCGCGGAGGCUCGGCGGAGAAGUGCCUCGGACGGCGGGGAGAGAAGGCGCGGGGAAGGGCGCGUGGAGACGAAGGCGCACGCACACGGGCGGGGACGCCCGGGAUCAGCGGCCGCAUAGCUGGCAAGAGGCGCGGACCUAGGGAGGGGGUCGCCGCGUCCCUACAGCGGACCCGAGUUACAUAAGCCAGUGGAGCGGGUGGGGUGCCACGCGUGGGCAGGGCCUGACCCCGCCCCCUGCACCUGCCCCGCCCCUCCGGGGGGUGCGGCGCGGGGACGCGGUCCAGCUUUGCGCCCGCCCGCCCAGGCGCUGGUGGCCGCGGGUUAGAGCGCGCCGCCCCAGACGCGCGUGGCACUCGCGAAGGUGGCGGCCGAGUGCCCUCUCUCCUCCGCGUCUUCGCUCCGGGCCUCCGCCGCCGCCUCCCCGCGGUAUGAGCCCCGAGCCGGUGCCGCCGCCGCCCCAGUGUCCCGGCUGUGACCGCGGGGAGCCUUUCGCCUGGCGGCUGGAGAAGGGCGACGAGGCCUUCCGCGCGGGCGAGUACGAGGUGGCAGCCGACCUCUUCCGCUCCACGCUGGCCGGGCUGGCGCAGCCCGACCGCGGCCUGUGCUUGCGGCUGGGGGACGCGCUGGCCCGCGCGGGCCGGCUCCCCGAGGCCCUGGGCACGUUCCGCGGCGCCGCGCGGCUCGGGGCGCUGCGGCCCGAGGAGCUGGGGGAGCUGGCGGGCGGCCUAGCGCGCGCCCUGGGCCGGCGCGAGGGGCGGCUGCCGGCCGAGGCGCCGAGCGGGGGGCCGUCGGUCAGGGCUCCCGCCGCCGCCCGGGAGCUGCUCGGCUGCCCGCGCUGCCAGCGGCUGCUACACAGGCGGGUGACGCUGCCGUGGGGGCGCACGGUGUGCAAGCGCUGCGUGGAGCCGGGGCCCGCGCCGCCUCCCGUGCGCCGAGUCCACGUGGUCCUGAGCGGCCUGCUGGAGAAGUGCUUCCCGGCCGAGUGCCGGCGCUGCAGGCUGGCCGGCCAGGCGCGGAGUCUGCAGCGCCAGCAGCAGCCCGAGGCCGCGCUACUCCGGUGCGACCAGGCCCUGGAGCUGGUCUGUGACCAGCACCACCUGCUCUGUUCGCUCCUCGCCCGCCCUCCCGUUAAGAAUAAAGAAUUUGAAGCUCCUGGUGAUAAUUCAUUCUUGCUGCUGCGAGCAGAGUUACACUUAACCCUGAAGAACCAUGAGCAGGCUCUGAGGGAUGCCAGUGCGGUUUGUCAGAAUGAGCCUCUCCUGACUAAGGGACAUCAUGUGAAAGCUCAGGCCCUGUCUGGGUUGGGAAGAAGUAAGGAGGUGUUGAUGGAGUUUCUCUACUGCCUCGCUUUGAAUCCCGAGUGUAGCGCAGUGAAGAAAGCAGCACAGGAGGUAACGUGUGAGGUGUUUUUUCCAGCUUCAGAAAACAUGUGUCCAAAUAUAACAUCUUCCGUCCAAGGUGGGAUCUUGAACCCCAGACUAAAGGCUCACUGUUGCAGCCGUGUCAACACCCAGCCUCCCCAGGAAGAAGCUGAUAAUGCAGGGCGCUCUAAGAAUGCAUCUGAGAAAUCUGAUGUGUUUAAAAAUGUGAAUUCUUCAGUUUUAUGUUUUGUGCUGGGUCUACACUUUGAGGAGGAUAAAGAAGUGUUAGAAAGUGUCCUUGCAGUAGCGCCCAGCGCUGGUUUAAAGAGAGAGUUUCUGAGUGAUUUGGAGGAUGCGCGUGACCUGAAGGCCCCUGGAAAAAUUCCCAAGAAAGAUUCCUCACCUCAAAGAAAUAUGAACUCUAACGUAGGAGAAAGUCCAGAGCUUUCGAUAGAUGUAACCGACUUUGAGUGUGCCCUUUGCAUGAGGUUGUUCUUUUAGCCUGUCACUACACCGUGUGAACACACCUUUUGCCUAAAAUGCCUUGAGCGCCGCCUUGACCAUGCACCACAUUGUCUGCUGUGCAAAGAAGAACUUUCGGAGUUGUUGGCAAGCAGAAAUGUUAAUAUAACUGUUCUGGCUGAAGAAUUAACAUUUCGGUAUUUGUCGGAUGAACUGUCUGAUAGGAAGAGAAUUUAUGAUGAAGAAAUGACAGAACUUUCAAAUCUGACCAGAGACGUCCCCAUCUUUGUGUGUGCCAUGGCCUUCCCCACUGUCGCGUGUCCUCUCCACGUCUUUGAGCCCCGCUAUCGGCUUAUGAUAAGAAGAUGCAUGGAAACUGGCACCAAACGGUUUGGCAUGUAUUUAUCUUCUGAGCAUGCAGGGAUUUCAGAGUAUGGCUGCAUGCUGGAGAUUAAGGACCUGAGAACCUUGCCUGAUGAGAGUUCGGUUGUGGAUGCAGUUGGUAUUAGUCGGUUUAGAGUUUUAAGCCACCGGCACAGAGAUGGGUAUAACACGGCAGACAUUGAAUAUCUCGAAGAUGAAAAGGUGGAAGGUGCAGAGUAUGAAGAACUAACCAGUCUUCAGGAUUCAGUUGAUCAACAGUCUGUUUCCUGGUUUACUUCACUUCAGGAUCACGUGAAAGAGCAAAUUUUAAGUCAUUUUGGGUUAAUGCGCCAGGAACCUGAGCCUCAGAGUAAUCCUAGUGGUCCUGCUUGGUCCUGGUGGAUCCUGGCAGUGUUGCCGUUGGAACGCAAGGCUCAGCUGGCUAUAUUUGGCAUGACCUCGCUUAAAGAGCGUCUGCUUGCCGUUCGGAGAAUGUUAGUCAUCAUCACACGUAAGAUAAAUAGUCGGCAAGAGCUGAUUAAUAGCCGGGGGAGAAAUAAUUGAUUUUCUCUCUCUGUCAGGGUUUCCAGAACCCCUUGUACUUUCCUGAGGAUGCGAGGCAUGGACGAGCAGCAUCCCAUUCAUUGCGCUUUGUGAAAUGCUUGUUGAUAGAGUUACAAAAUGGAACAUUUAGCAAAUAUUGACUCCUACUCAAAAGUUAAAAGUCUGUGCCUGGUGGAAUCUCACUCUGCACAAGGUUAGCCUAAAGUUUGAAUGGAGCCCAUGGUUGGAAAGCAACGUAAGAAAAUCUCUUUGAAGCAGAUGCUUCUGGUGUGCUGACACAGCAUGGACAUCACAGAUGGUUUGCAAAUGGUUUGGGUUUUGCAAGAAAGAAGGACUCCUUUCUUGUAAAGUACUUUGCUACACCAGAUGGGAACAGCAUGCUUCAGUGGCCAGACAGUAAGGGGGAAACCACGUUUUUAUCUGGAUUCAGAUUUCUCAGAGCACAGGCUAACCGAAAAUGUGCUUAGGUUUUGUGUGUCACUGUGAAGUUGUCUGUGAAAUUGAGAGAUCAAACCAUUGUCCAGUGCAGGAGCUGAACUUAGGUCUUACCUGAGAAGUAGUCGCUACUCGAUAGAACUGUGUUUUGUGUCCUGCAGUAGUUCAGAUGUUGUAAAUUUCAUGUUGUAAUCAAGUGAAUGUCAAAAUGCAAGAAAGUGUACCUUGGACAUAGAAAAAUCUGAGAACAGUGUAGUUUAUUUGAGGAUGUAUAUUUAUACACACUCAAUCAAGAGUGAGCAAAAGUGAGUUAAAACUACAUGCAUUGGGAUGUCAAACAUAUGACCAAACUAGUGCAAAGAGCCCAUUGAAAGCAUAACCCUGUGGCAUUGAUUCAAUGGAUACUAAGCAUUUAGGAAUCUUUUCAUCUUUCUGCUAGGAUUCGCAUUAGAAAUUAGGCCCAUCGGUAAAUUUGAGUUCCCCACCCAUCCACUAAUACAUGAUGACAUUAAAAGCUGCUAUGAAAUGGGAAUCUGUCUGUUCCAGGGAAACAUACCAGGAGAAUAUUCAAGGAGAGCGAGGCUGGUAGGGGAUGUAAACAUUCAAGCUUUUCUCCAACACGAACCGAGAAGUUAUCUUUGUUUUUUUGCAGUGUUACAGUGAUAGAGCAGGUGUCAUCUAUUAAAGAACAAUACCUUUCACUUCCAACCUAAUGCGCAUUGGUCACAUUGAUUGGAAUAACCAUUUGACCCUGAGAUACUGAACCGUUCUCACUGGCCUAAGCAGCCGGCGCUUUCAGUUGGCUUCUUGGCCUGUGACGUGGAUGUUCUUAAAUGAAAGAUGGUAAGGACCAGACUGGAGAGCAAAUCGCAGCUGUAAGUUUUGCUUUCUUCAUUCAAGGUGUAUGAUUUUGAGUUUUAAAAGAUGUAUUUCAGAAUACUAAACGUUAGUGGUUUCUUGACCUAUCAAGCAUUUUAUUGAAAAGACUUUCUAAUAGUAUUUGUUUUUAAUUGUAGGAGUUUUCAGUAGCUAAAACUCAGUUUCGUCAUGGGAGUUAGAAAACACUGCUAGUGGAACUUAGUCAUAAAGAGAAAAUGUGAAAGAAUUUUCCAGUCAGAUGUUCCCAGUGCUUCACUUACUGUGAAUCUCACAUCUCAUCUUGUACAUGGUUUAAAGGCAAUUUGUCCAAGUGGUUUCUAAAAGGUUUUAUUAAUCCAUGCAUUAACAAUAGUGUUCAACUUUCUUAGGCACUUUAAUCUAACCUGAUCAUUUAAAAGAAAACAAAACUGUAUCUAGUAUGCCAGGAGGCCUUUUCAGAAAUGGUCAUGAAAAUGGGUAUGAAUUGACCAUGCUCUGUCUUUUUCUACUUUAAAACUGUAUCAUUGUAUUUCUAUUUGGGGGUGUCUGAUAACCAGAAUGUGAUCAAAUUUCUGCAAGAUCCUUCCUCAAGUUAGGUUUCUGUGCUCACAGUAUUUGGGCUUUCCCCGUAACAAUCGAUGCUGUUGCUUUCUCACCCUCACUCCUUAAAUGUCAUAACUCAGACGGUUUUUUAACCAGAACCCUUGUUAUCUCUUCCUGAUUCUUUCUGCCUCUGUCUGAGUCGUCUUCUCAUUCUGAGUGUUCGUACGUAAAGCCUGUUGAAUAGUAGUGAUGUGGACUAGAGCAACAGAAGUUUUUGUUGUUUUUAUUUAUUGACACCAAAGGGAACUGACUGUGAUCGCUUCGUGCUCGGUCCAGCUCCACCCCUCCACAGAGUACAAAGCUGGAGUGGAUUGGUACUUCCUGAGCACUUAGGUUACAUUAUUUAUCAGGAAGUCCCACCAAGGAAAUAAUAUCCUGAGACAUAUUAUGAAAGAAGCUUCCUUUUACAAACUUAAAAAAGAAAGAAACCCCAACUCCAGUUUGCUACAAAUUGAGCUAAAGCAGAACAAUCCCCUUUCUCCUCUCCUACACCUAUUUUCUAUCAUGGAGAUCUCAUUUCUAAGUAUUUCUCAGAAAAUAAUGUAAUCUCUGGGUCAAAGUCAGAUCAUUGCAAUUUGAUUUUACUGAAAAUGUUCCAACAUGAAUGCUCUAGUUACAUGAGAAUAAAAACAGAAUCUAGUUAGAGUAUAACAAUGCGGGGAGUGAUUUUUCUUGAAUACAGUACACUGUUCGGUAUUUUUCCACUUACUCUUCUGAGAGGCUUCACUCGUCAUUCCAUCCGUGCCUGUGUCUUUGAAAUGCAGCUGAUGUCCUGACAGGCAGGAUUCUGAAAGCCCAUGAGAUUUUAGGGUAUCACAUCCCCUAUGAGUCCCCGUCUUCAGAAUUGAAAGAAUAUUUAUUAAAGUUGCAAAUGAAAAUAAAUUUAAAGUUUUAAGGUUUAUUCAUGCAACCACAAUAAUUUUUAAUCGAUUCAUGUACCAAAUUUCAAGUAUUAUCCCGUUUUGAUGACCACAGAGAUGUCCUUUCUUCUCUUAACCCCCUUGCCCAAACCAGAAAACACCAAGACUGUUUGCUAAGUUGUGUCUCCGUUCUUGCUGUACCUCACGUCUUACCACAGGGCUUUUGACUCAUCAAGGAACAAAGUUAGAGAUGGUAGAAUUACCAUGAACUGUGGUAUUAUCAUUUGUUUUGGGUACAGUUCUAAAUGGGAUUGUCUACUUAAUUUCUCUUUCUGAUAGUUUGUUGUUAGUGCAUAGAAAUGCAACAGAUUUUUAAUUAUUGAUUUGUAUCCUGCAACUUUACUGAAUUCAUUUAUUAGUUUUAACAAUUUUUUAGUGAAGUCUUUGGGUUUUCUGUAUCUAAGAUCAUAAAAUCUACGAACAGAUAAUUUUAUUUCUUUCUUUCAAUUUGUGUGCCUUUUAUUUCUUUUUCUUGCCUAAUUGCUAUGGCUAGGACUUCCAGUACUGUCUUUAAUAAAAGUGGCAAGAGUGGGCAUUCUUAUCUUAUUCCUAAUCUUAGAGGAGAGGCUUUAACUUUUGACCGUUGAGUAUGAUGUUAGCUGGUAGCUGUUGGCUUGUCAUAUAUAGCCUUUAUUAUGUUGAGGAACAUUCCUUGUACACCUAAUUUGUUGUGAGUUUUUGUCAUGAAAGGAUGUUGAAUUUUCUCAGUUGCUUUUUCUGCAUCUAUUGAAGUGUUCAUAUGGUUUUUAUCCUUCAUUCUGUUAAUAUGGUGUAGCACAUUGAUUGAUUUGCGUGUGUUGGUACAUCCUUGCAUCCCGGGGUAAAUCCCUCUUGAUCAUGGUGUAUGAUUGCUUUAGUGUGCUCUUGAAUUUGGUUUGCUAGGCUUUUGUUGAGGAUUUUGAGGUAACUAUACGGUACACUGAAAUAAGACACUGAUGAAAGAAACUGAAGACACAAAUAAAUAGAAAGAUAUCUCGUGUUCUUGAAUUGGAAGAACUGAUAUUAUUAAAACAUCCUUACUACUCAAAGAGAUCUACAGAUUAAAUGCAAUUCCUAUCAAAAUUUCAAUGAAAUUUUCUACACAAAUAGAAAAGAUUAUCCUAAAAUUCAUACAGAAUCAGCGUAAAUUUUAAGGUCCCUAGGAUUUCCAGAAUGGUAAAUGAGCUUGGCUUCAACUUAAAGUCACAAGCUGUUAUUAGCCCCUUACAGGAGAGUCAGCCUGUCCUUUGAAUGGCUGUGAAAGGCUUGGAUGGCGUCUUCUCACGUAAGGCUGUUUAGUCUACAUUGAUAAUCUGCUGUUUAGUGUGGCCACCUUCAGUGAUUCUCUUCGCCAGAUCUUCUGGAGAACUUGCUGCAGCUUCUCCGUCAGCGCUUGCUGCUUUGCCUUGCACUUUUGUGUUAUGGAGACGGCUUCUUUCCGUAAGCCUCAUGAACCAGCCUCUGCUAGCUUUAGACUUUUCUUCUGCAGCUUCCUCACCUCUCUCAGCCUUCAUAGAAUUGAAGAGAGUUAGGGCCUUGCUCUGGAUUAGGCUCUGGCUUAAGGGAAUGUGGUGACUGGUUUGAUCUUCUAUCCAGACCACUAAAGCUGUCUCCCUAUCAGCAAUAAGGCUGUUUCAUUUUCUUGUCAUUUGUGUGUUCAUCGAAGUAGCACUUUUAAUUUCUUUGAAGAACUUUUUCUUUGGAUUUACGACUUAGCUAACCAUUUGACGCAAAAGGCCUAGCAUUUGGCCUAUCUCAGCUUUCAACAUACCUCCCUCACUAAACGUAAUCAUUUCUUGCUUUUGAUGUAAAGUGAGACACAUGUUACUCUUCCUUUCAGUUGAACACUUAGAGGCUAUUUUAGGGUUAUUAAUUGGCCUAAUUUCAGUAUUGUUGUGUCUUGGGGAAUAGGAAGGCCUGAGGAGAGGGAGAGAGAUGGAGGAAUGACUGGUCAGUGGAGCAGUCAGAGCACACACAGUAUUUAUCAAUUAAGUUCACUGUAUUACAUGAGCACGGUCUGUGGCGCCCCUAAACAAUUACAAUAGUAACAUCAAAAAUCACUGAUCAAAGGUCACCAUAACAAAUAUAAUAGUAAUGAUGAAAAAGUUUGAAAUGUUGCAUGAAUUACCAAAAUGUGACACAGAGACACGAAGUGAGCAAAUGAUGUUGGAAAAAUGCUCCAUAGACACACUUGCUCCAUACAGGGUUGCCACAAACCUUCACUUUGUGAAAAAAUGCAACACCUGUGAAGUGCAGUAAAGCAGAGCGCAAUAAAACGAAGUAUGCCUGUAUAUUUUGCUGCUGUUGGAUGGCAUGUUCUGUACAUGUUGUUAGAUCAAUUUGGUGUAAGGUGUAGUUCAAGUCCAUUAUUUUCUUAGUGAUUUUCUCUCUGGAUGAUAUCUGUUGUUGAAAGUAGGGUAUUGAACUCUGCUACCAUUAUUGUAUUGCUGUUUCUGACUUCCCAUGUGUUAAUAAUUAU